UGAGGUUCGACCCCAACCAUCAGCUGAGUCCGUGGAGCUAAGGGAGUUGUAAGGAACUGUAGGAUAGAACUCCCAUGGGGAUGCUCGGUGCGAGUCGAGACGAAGAGCUCACCCACGUUUCAAAAUCACGGGCCUUCCCAUGCAACGCGUUCGCCAUGCACUUCCCCUGCCCACCUGCUACCUUCCAGUUCCACCAUCUAAACCAUCUUCCCUCCGAAUCCGGAUAGCUGGUUGCCGACGCAAAUGGCUCGCAAGCUUGUGGCUGCGGCAGUGGCAGCUUUCUUCCUCCUGGCCGUCAGUGGAGCUGCAGAGCUCCGUGGCGGCGGCGGCGUUAGGGCGCCACUGCUGGUGACGAAGGAGAGCAGGAGAGCAGUGGUGUCGACCGACGCCGGAAGCAUCACAUCCGUCGACGUGAACCACGAAUCCAGAGGAAGGUACCAUCUGGAGUUCAUCACCAUGGAGCCCAGCUCGCUCUUCCUCCCUGUGCUACUCCAUGCUGAUAUGCUCUUCUACGUCCACUCCGGCAACGGAAGAGUACAUACGAGUGUUAGAGAGGAUGAAAAGGAAAGGGUAGAGCACGUGGACGUGGAGAGGGGUGACGUCUCUGUCGUGGAAAAGGGUAGCGUAUUUUAUGUACAAAGUCGUCCUUCCCUCACAGAGGAAAGCCUCCAAAUUCAUCUCCUAUUCAACCAUGUUGAUGAAGGGAACUCCGAGAAAGCAUGGAAUGAAGCUUAUUCGAUCAUCGGCGAUCUCAUUCACGGGUUCGCGGCAAAGAUCCUCCAAAAAGGAUUUGGGGUUUCUGAGGAGACCAUCCAAGCCAUCAAAAGGGUCGAAAAGCCUCCUUUGAUCAUUCCUUUUCUUCAUAACAAUGAGAUGAUGGAAACACAUACUUGGAUCAGAAGAAUUACGAGUGAUACGCAUGAUGAAUUGGCAAAAAAGAACAAGAGCAAGAAUAAGAAAUUCAACUUCUUCAAGGCCAAACCCGAUGUCGAGAAUUGCAACGGAUGGAGCACUGUCUUGACCCACAAGGACCUCAAGGCUCUCGAGAGCUCCCACAUUGAAGCCUUCAUGGUCAACUUGAGUAAGGGGUCUAUGACAGGGCCACAUUGGAAUCCAAGUGCAUCAGAAAUUGCUAUAGUGAUCCAUGGACAGGGAAUGGUGCAAGUAGUUUGUCCCAACCAGGCACCAAUUGACAUGUACCAAUGCGAAGAGAUUAACUUCAGGGUGAAGGAAGGGGAUGUGGUGGCGGUGCCGGGGCAUCUACCGAUGAGCCAUAUGUCCUACAACAAUGGUAGCCUUGUAUUUGUAGGAUUCAGCGGCAUCACCGGAAAGAAUUCACCACAGUGGCUGGUAGGGAAGAAUUCGGUGCUUCGUACUAUCGACCAAGAGAUUUUGGCACUGGCACUGAAUGUUCCAAAGUCUAUCGUUAAAGACUUGGUGAGGUCUCGAUCGGAGCCGAUGAUCCUCGAUUGCACAUCGUGCGCAGAGAAGCUUGAUGAGAAAAUGGAAGAGGAAGCAUGAAUUUAAAAGCAAUGAGAAUGCACAAUAGAUGUUGCUUCCUGUUUCCUUGUAAUUAAAUAAAACUUCAUGUAUGGUUUACUAAACUGAGAGUCGAAUGCACAACUCGAU